AUUAGCAGGAAUUGGCUUUAGCUCAUAAAGUGUGAUGUUGCUUUUGUUCUAUUGGUGCAUACGGUUCUUGUCAGUCGUGGAUUUUAUGAGUGAAGUGCAUGCUGCUAGGGAUGUGUGGAUUGGUGUGUGUUCAGUGCUUAAUGGAGAUCAUGGAUAGACUCUAAGGACAACCUCUGGAGUUUCUUGUUGAUGAAUUUAUAUUUUAGAGGGUGUUGAUGAAUUGAAAUUAAGGAUUUUAGGAUUACUUAUUCCAAUAUUUAAAACUCGAAGUGCAUAUUGUCAUGAUGCAUAUGCACUUGCCCACUUGGGUUAGGGGGGGAUGAUUGAAAGACUUUAAACUGAGGUUUAUUGAUAAAAUAGGACGGCUGGUUUUUAAAGCUUUUAAAAUUUUCUGUUUGUAUAUUGAGUCAAGUUGUGCUUUUGGUAAAAGUAUUUCAUGAUUCUACAAAGUAGGUGUAGACUGUGGAGGGCCUAAAAUUAGAAAAUAGUAUCGGGGUUGGGACUCUUAAUAUUUAUGGGCUAACCAGCAGUGUUGCUUCUGCUGCCUAUGUUUCAGGUUAUUGAAUUUGUGCGGUUUAAAGAACGAUUGCAACACUCUAAUCAAUAUCUGAUUGCACGACUUGAAUCAUCUAUUUUAAAGCUGAAAGAGAAAGCUAAUAAUAUUGAGGAGGAAGAGGGUGUUUUUGAAUCCUUGAAAUGUGGAACUCAAGCUCUUGAGCUUGCUAGUGAUACGUUGUGUCAAUCAUUGACAUUCAACGAAGAAUUACAAUUAAGGCCUUGGUGGACUCCAACUCCAAAAAAGGAUUAUCUUUUAGGUGAGUGCAUCAUGCUAUUUGGCCAGCAGUGAACUGUAAUUUUUUUUUUUUUGUUUUUUUUUCCCUCUCUAAUUGACACUUUUUUCGCUUUCAUGCAAAUUGUAAAACAAAAGUCUGGUUUCCCUAAUAGAUAUAUGUCUACAGUAUAUGUUUCUCCAACUUUUCAGCAACCAUAAAUAUCUUUAUGAGCUAGAUGCUACUGUUGACUAGGCUCUUAUAGGUUAUCGCUAGAUGUGGCUGGGUGGUUUAAGGGUAAAAGGUAGGGCAUCAAAGGGAAGGGGAGGGGCGGCUGGGUGUAGUGGUGGUUUAAUUUGGUGUUGAGGAUAUAACCAUGAUUAAUCUACUUUAAGUUAAUUAUUUGAGAAUUACCUUAAUACAUCUAGAUUAAACAAAAUUUACGAGCUAAAGUUACGAUCUUGGG